UGCAGAACUAGAUGAGCGGGUUCACGCGUAACGUACAGUGAUUUAAAAGCCAUUUAUUCGCACUGUACACACACAGAAACGAGAUGACACCGGCUUUAUUCCUUUAACCUGCUCUACUAAGCCUUUUCAAGAUGUUUGGGUGUGUGUACAUCAUGUGAAACAGGUCAGUCAGGUGCGUGGAAAUGCCCAGACCAUUUCGCACGACCCCUGACCCCUCGUGCUUGACCCCGUGACCCUAACGAUCAGGAAUGGAUGUCCACAUGCACAACAGCCGGACUCUGCACUACGGCCUGAAUGACUGCGCUGAGGAUGAUCUGCAGUUCCUCAGUUUGGAGGAGAGGGAGUGUAUCCAGUUCUUCCAGGAGACCAUCGACUCCCUGGAGGCGCAAGAGCAGCCGGAGCAAAGAGGAAGAGGAAAUGGAAGAGGAAGUGGAGCAGAGUGGCAGGUGGAGAAGCAGGAGACGCGCGCUUCAACACAGCACAGUCCUGCAGAUCAGGACAUCAUCGAUCUGGUCCACCCGACAGACCACACACACAGACCCACAAACACACUGACAGAUUUCCGAGAGCUGGUUUCUCCUCCAGAGACUCAUGUGAAGGCCAGACGAGACUCAAACACAUCAGACAACCAGCGCAGGAGCAGUCUAGAGCUCCCACAAUCCCACAAACACGGCCCUCCGACUCACGCCAAGCCCACACGCCUCCCCGAGAGCAUCAGCCUGCUGCUGGGCAGCCGCGAAAACAUCCCGCACUCCAUCGCAGCCGAAGCCGUGAGCGUGCAGGAGCGGCGUGCGCUAAUGCUAGCAAACCUCAGCGGAUCAGCGCACCCUCUGGAUGGAGGAGAACCAGCGUGUGUACGAAACCUGCCCAUGCGCAGCGUAUCGUUUUGCGACCCAACGCCGGAUAAAUCCAGAAUGGAGGCGCUUUCCAAACUCGGACUCGCUCAGAGACGAACGCAAUCCGCCGUUCACACUCUUCCAAAAGAAGAAACCAACGCUAAACCUGCAACGAUGAGCACUGAAACCAGAUUUAACCCCAAAUCUGACACUCAUUCUUCACCAAGAGAUGCAGAAACCAAAGCUAAACCUGCUACGAGGAGCGAUAGCAUUGACAACACAUCCAGAUUUAACCUGAAGCCUGACAUGCACUCAUCUCCAAUAGCAGAAAUCAAAGCUAAAAGGAGCGACAGCAUCGAAAACUCAUUCAGAUUUAACCCCAGAUCUGAAAUUCACUCCUCUCCAGUUGAAGAAAUCAGAGCUAAACCUGCUACGAGGAGCGACAGCAUUGAAAACUCAACCAGAUAUAACCCUAAAAAUGAAAUUCACUCCUCUCCAGUAGAUGAAACCAAAGCUAAACCUGCAACAAGGAGCAACAGCAUUGAAAACUCAACCAGAUACAACCCUAAAUCCGACAUUCACUCCUCUCCAGUUGAAGAAAUCAAAGCUAAACCUGCAACAAGAAGCAAUAGCAUUGAAAACCCACACAGAUAUAACCCUAAAUCCAUCAUCCACUCUUCCCAAAGUGAAGAAACCAAAGCUAAACCUCCAAUAAGACGCAAUAGCACUGAAAACACCACUCUCAGAUCUGACACAGACACUACAGAUCAUCCCAAAUCUACUCCAAUGCUAACCAGCGCUGAAGUCACUCACAGCGGCUUCAACAGCUUCGGUGGAAAGAGCAUCACUCUAAACCCCAUGACCUCCUUCAGAAACGAGUCUCCGUCCAUCCCAGUGGCCAAAACAGAAGCACCGGAGGUCCAUCUGAACAGCUUCGGCGGCAGAUCCAGAGUCGUGAGCCUAUCCGAACACACCCGACCCAAAACCUUCAACUCUACGACUGAUGACAGGAGCUCCAACCCAGAGCCGUCCUGGAAGAAGCAGGCGCCCACUCCUGCUCCGAGACCUCAAAAAGCACAGCCUACAAGCGGCCCACGGCCUCCAGCGUCCCCAGAGCACCGCCGCAAGUCUCUGCCCAAACAGUCCUUCCGCACUCAGGGAAUUACGGUGCAGUUUUCAGGCCGCGGAGCCACCGAUGAGGCCCGGCGGGACGCUCUGCGCAAACUGGGACUGCUAAGAGACACAUCCUAAAGCUCAAGGGUAUGUCAGCAUUGCAGCACAGCCUGUAGAAGUACGCUGCAUUCGAAAAAAACCCUGGCAUUUACUACUUUUAUUAAACUUAAUUAGCAUUUAUAAACGUGACUUACACACAAAACACCACUUCCCAUGCAAACAAACUAAUUAAUGUAAUCAUGUUCAUUAAUCACGGGCUCAUAUUAUCAUGGCAGCUCUGAACGCCCUUACUGUGUUGCACAAAUAAAAAUAUUGAGCCAAAACAGCCAUUUGUUAUGUUGAGAUAACGAGGAAACGAGAGAAAUUAAAAAUAAAUGAAUGCAUGGCCUCUUAGGACUUCUGUAAGUCUCAGCUCCUUUUUAAAAAUCGAACUUUAAGCCAUAUUAAACACACAAUCGAGCAACUUAAGACUGGUUUUGUGGUCCAGGCUCGUAUCCUGAAGGCAGUUUGACAGAGUGGAACAUUCUAGAAUCCACAUUCUAUGAUGUCAUAAGAUUGAUAAGUUCCGCCUCCUUAGAAGAUCCACACCCACUUCUAAGUCACUGCCUGUUUAGAACUGUCAAUCAUACUACAGCUCUUAAAUGUCAGCCAAUCAGAGCAGUGGGCGUUUACUUUUGAGUCUACAAUUGUCCACGCCCAUUCAGUGUUCUGCAGAGUCAAAAACAGCUCAGAUAAUGAUAAAUGCUUCUAUUUUUGAUGAUGAUCUUCAUAAUGUUAUAAGUGCACCUCAGAGAACUGAGCAUUAAUAAACACUGAGAUAGUUCAUGACCCCUUUAAGAGUUAUAAAAAUAACUGUCUUCAAAAUACAGCUGUGGAUAUCUGUAGUGAUCAAAUCACACAUACUGUACAUAUAAAAAACAAUAACAUGCUACUAAAUAAUCUUAAUAAUUCAUUAGAAAUUAACAUUUAUUAAGCUGGAACUGAGAAAAAUGUGGGUAGUUACCCUGGUCUAAUUAGUAAUUUAAUAUGCCACAGGGUUUAUAAUAUCUUGUUUUAGAUGGAUUUGACUGGGAUCAUUCUGUAUCAUAUUUACCUAAAAUAUAAAGUUUAUUCCAUUGCAGAGCAUUAGGGAGUAAGUUUCAUUUUAAGAGUUACAUUAAGAAUGAAUUAGGACAAGCUAUAGAAAAAUCAAUAGAAAUAGGAAAGCAAUAAAAAAAACUAAAUUAUUAUUAAAUAUUAUACUUGACUGUAUUAUAUAUGUCCAUACAGGCCUUUAACCAGCAUUAGAGAAUCCUGAAUGUGUAGCUAUAACGUUCACGAAAACCUCAAGUUUAUAUAUUAAUCAAAGAUACAGACAAGAACAUUAAAUGACAGAUCUAAAUGUAAAUAUCAGAUGAGCUGCAUUUUAAAGCCUUCUUUAGUAGGAGUUAUGCAUGAUUAAAAGACUUCAAUAAUAAGAUCAUCAGAUAUGCAAUGCUGAGUAAACACUGAUUAAAGAGAGGAUGUGUAAAUACAGAUGAUUUCUUUAAAGAAUACAAACUUUUACUGCCACUUUAUGUACAUGUAGGCAUUAAUUAAAUGCUUUUAAAAAAUAUGUAAUAUACUUCAAGUAUUUAUUUGUUAGAAAAACUGUUCAUUGCAUGUAAUCAGUGACUGCCCGAGCAUGCAGUUCAACUAAAAACAAACUAUAUUAGCAUUACCUUGUUUGCCAGACGUCCAGAAUUCAGAAAGCCGCAACUGGUUUGAGGAUUCACAUGUAAAAAUGAGUCUAUGUUAUCAUUGAGGAGGGCUUCAGACAGAUCUUAUAGCUCUGAAACAAACUAUACACAAACACAGGAGGAGGUGAAGUCACUUUCACAGCCGCCAUCUUACUUUAUCAAUCACAUGACUCCAGAAUCGCCUCCUAAUUAUCAUGUGACUGAUGACUUUUAAUUGUAACACUGCUGAUGAGAUCCUCCAAGAGACCCUCGCUGGUGAAACGUCUACUUUAAUGUCAUGCUGAGACUCUGCAUGUGAAAAAACAUUGACAAAGUCAACAGAGCUAGUGUUGACUGGAGCAUGAGAAGCAGAGAUUGACACUAUUUUUACCUCAAUGUUGUGCGUACAGGAACAUCACACACCUCGUCUCAUCCUGACGCUGGCAGGUGGUGUCUGAGAGUGUGUAUUUGGACAUUGUGUGUGUGUGUGUGUGUGUGUGUGUGUGUGUGUGUUGUUGAUCUCUUCUUCCUCCUCUGGCAGCAGGCCUCAGUCUUGUGUCUCGUAAAUGUAAGUUUAGUUCCUCCCACACAAAACCACAGACGUCCAAAUGCAGUGUGUGUGUGUGUGUGUGUCAUGUGGAAUUGACUGUGAAUGAAUGUGUGUGUAUGAAUGUGUGUGUUUUUAUUUGAUAUUUUGACUCCGGUAUUUAGCUUCAAGUGAAGCUGCUUUUGAAGGACAGAGAAUGCGUGAUUGUGAAUGUGACACCACUGGACACACACACACACACACACAACAUGCACACGAUGAUAUACACCACACACACGGCCGCUGUAAGCAGGGACUGAACCAGUGACUCCUGCAUGGCAGGUGAGAGCUCUCAUGAACACACUAAAGGCUGAGGCUGCAUUAGAGCACUCGUCUGCCAUGCAGGAGUCACCGGUUCAGUCCCUGCUCACAGCAGCCGUGUGUAUCAGAGCGGUGGGGUUACACAAAACCACACAACAUACACCACACAAACACUGUGUGUAAGUGUUUGUUUUGAUUAUAUUCUGUUGUUUGCAUUAGUAUUCAGUGUGACUUGCACUAAACACACACACACACACACACCAUAUGUCAUACAUAAACACUCACGUAAACACGCAACACAAACAACGUUCAAGCAUUUGUGUGGUGUAUGUUGUGCGUCACACUCACACUGAACACACAUCAUAGACCAUACAAACACUCACAGUGUACACAACACACACCACACAAACAGCAUGCACUGUUCAAGUGUUUGUGUGGUGUAUGUUGUGUGUUCAGCGUGACGCACAACAUUCAACACACAAACUGAACACAACAUACACCACACAAACACUCAAAACCCACACUGAACUCAC